AUGAGAAUAACAGGACAGUUGCGGGAAUAUGGAGCAACGAGUGGCAAGGAGAAUUUUCGCGUUAAUUAUCCAGCUGUAUUUUCCAGAGUGAUUUUCAGUAUUUUCAUGGGGUCAUCGCAGUCCUCCUACGAGAGUAAAAAUUCUGAGAUGGCAAAAAUACUUCAUCGACCGAUACGCGCCGUCUCUUUUCCUGAAGGAAGUACAAUGGGCCUCUUUUUCGCACUGGCAGUUCCACUUCCCGAUCCAGACAAGUCUAUUUCACUCUCAUAUUUUUUCGAAGCUACGUACAACCUCCCCAAUUCUACGAUUCUUGAGCCAUGGACCGAGAGUAAACGUAAAAAACGGGGAAUCGAUAGAGCGCGAAUUUACGGAACACUUGCAAAUAAAUUCGAAAGCCUAGGAUAUAGUGGAAGGGGCUGCCUCCUGCGAUCGAUCUGCGAAACUUCGGAAUUCAAUUUGGAAGAUAAUGGAGUCCUCGGUGAUAUGAUAAAUGUCAUCCUCACGCCGUCGACUUCUCAACCGGAGGAUCUACCGCAGGACAUUGUCGAGGCCGAAACGAUAGGACGCAGUGGUACCUGUUCGAAAUAUCAUUCCCUCUGUCCCUUGGGGCUAUUCGACUUGAUUGGAAUCCUCGUGUAA